AUAUCGCACUCGUGCCCCACGCAUGGCAUCUCUACGUUGGCGCUUCGGCCUCGGUGACCUUAUGACUCGCACGAUUCGCUCUCAUUAAGAUCGGUUGGCCGUUGGAUAUUCGGGGCUUGGCACUUGGCUUAAAACCGGCGCGUUCGGCGCUUCGGUACGGUCGUACGGGCGCGCGCGGUGACGCGGGGCGCAACUACCUGUAGCCUUCGCGGCGUGCUCUUCUCGUCUCUCUCGCUCCUCGUCCCCUCUGGGCUGGGACCUUCUAUGCAGCCAGUUCUAGGCAGCCAGAACAGCCAGCGGCGGGGAGGGGGUUGCCAGCAAUUCACAGCUCGUGCCCUGCCUUGCUUCGCUUCGCUCAGUCGCGCCUCGUACGGCUCCUCUCGCCCCAGUCUCCAGCUCUCGAACCUCGCGCUCGCAUCCCUACUCCGUCUAACAGGUCUGUAAACAUGUCGCUCAGUCAGUGGUGGGAGCAGCUAGAGGAGGAGGCGCUGCAAGAGGAGGCACAGGACGUUCAGGCUCGCUACGCCGGCCAAUUCGUCUCUCAGCGCACAGCAGGCCCCCCACUCGGCCCCUCUGGCCCGGCCAAGCACCAGGCGGCCGCCGCGGCCGGCGGCCGCGUGGCUCCCGUGUCAGCGCCCCCUCGCGGCCCUGGCCCCAUCCUGCAUCGCAAACAGCCCUCUCGGCCACAACCCGACCCCCAAGGUGCGGAGGUCGUGGGUUUCUGGGAGGAUAACCCGGGAGAAGUGGUCGGGGUAGCCUCGCCAGCGCCACAGGCGCCUCAGCAGCAGCCGCCCCCCGGGCAGCCGCAGCCGGCGGCCGCGCCCCCUCGCAUGCGGGGCCGCCUUCGCGCUCGGGCACCGGUGUGGAAGGCUUGGAUCGUCAACUCGCUCGUCCUGUCCUGGGUCCUACAAGGCUUUCCCCUUAUCUGGGAGCACAACCCUCCGCCACCUUUCUCGGCUGGCAACCACGCCUCGGCCGAGAAGCACGCGGCCUUCGUGGACUCGUCCAUCGCCGACAUGCUCGCCUCCAACACCAUUCGGAAGUGGGUCGGCACGCCUCACAUGGUCUGCCCCCUCGGUGUGGUGGAGCAAGGCGAAAAAUUGCGGCUCAUUUGGGACGGGCGCGCCGUGAACGAUUACCUCCAUGUUCCAUCCUUCCGCUACGAGGACCUUCGCGCGGUGCCCAACUGGCUGCGAAAAGACGACUACGUCUUCACGUUGAACCUCAAGAGCGGCUACAUCACCUCGACAUUCGGCCCGACUGCUGGAAACCAGAACGCUGAGACGCUCGUGGCUCGCCGCGAAAUCAUACUCGCAAAACUGGCCGACUUGGGCUUCAACGUCAACCUGGCCAAGUCCAUGCUCGGCCCGCCACAACACCGCUUCCGCUACCUCGGCAUGCUCAUCGACACGUCGGAAGGUGUGUUCAUCGUGCCCGACGACAAGCGCUCACGCGUGCUGGACAGCAUUCGGGGCCUGCUCAAAACGAAGCGGCCCUCCGCGCGGGCGCUCGCCUCCGUAAAAGGCCAGCUAGUCUCCAUGACCUGGGCGAUGGGCCCCUGGGCCCGCCUCCGCACUCGCGCCCUCGGCCAGCUCAUCGAAACUCGUCGCUCCUGGGAAUCACACUUGCGCCUCUCGGAGGAUGCGCGGGACGAGCUCACGUGGUGGUUGGACUCCUUCGACAAGUUCAACGGCCGGCGGCCCCUGUGGCCGCCGGUGCGGGUCACGUCCCUCAUCCACUGCGACGCCGCCGGCCGCUCUGCAGACGGCCUCGGCGGCUGGGGCGCCUGGACCGUCCUGGACGGGCAGCUAUCCGCAGCCAGAGGCAAUUGGAAGCCCGCGGACAGCGCCAUGGGCUCGACACCUCAGGAGCUCCGCGCCAUUCUGCUCGCGCUCCAAUCCUUCGACGGCCCCGCAGGCCUCGCUGGCCACGCGGUGUGUGUCCUUACCGACUCGCUCAACGCCUCCAACGUCAUUAACAAGGGCUCUGCGCGCGCCGACAACUCGCACGCCAUCGCUUGCACCCUGCACGGCUACUGCUUCGAGCGCGCCAUCAACAUCCGCGCCGAGUGGAUCCCGCGGGAGCAGAACCAAAUCGCGGACCACCUGUCCAAGCUGCGCGACUCGGACGACUGGAUGGUGAACCCUACCCAGUUCAAACGCCUCAACAAGCUGUGGGGGCCGUUCGACAUCGACCUCUUCGCCUCCCACACCAAUCACCAGCUGCCUCGUUACUACUCGCGCUUCCUCACACCUGACACGUCGGGAGUGGACGCCUUCCGCUUCGCUUGGGGCCGGCGCUGCUGGGCUAACCCGCCAUUCGGAAUCAUCCUGAAAGUGCUGCGGCACGCCCGGGAGUGCAAGGCCCGCCUCUGCCUCAUCGUGCCGUACUGGCCGACUCGCGAUUGGUGGCCAGAGGUGACCACCGACGAAGGCUCGCGCUUCUGCCACUUCGUGCACGGCGUGCGCAUGCUGGGCCGCGCGUCCAACCUCUUCCUGCCGGGCUCCACCGGCAACUCGCUGCCCAAGGGGGCGGCGGAACUAGGCCUGCGGGCGCGGGCGCUGCUGCCCGGUAGCCACGCCGCGGACACGGAGUGCCAGGCGCUGGCCGCGCAGCUGGCCGAGGAGGCACCGCUGUCUCGGCGGCCGGCGACGCACAGCCAGUAUGGCGGCCCGUGGCGCAGCUUCCUGGCCUGGUGCCGGCGGCGCGCCCCGCCGGUCCCACCCUACGCCGCCUCGCCGCAGCUGGUCGCCCUCUAUCUGCAAUCGGUCCUCAACUCGGCCACCACGGACGGGUCCGGCCCUAGCCGAGUCGACGUAGCUGGCAAGGCCAUCGCCUUCCACUACAGCCUGGCGGGCCUGCCCAACCCAGCCGCAGCGGAAAGCUGCGCAAACGUGCGCGCCACCGCGGCCCGGCGGCUGCAGGUGCAGCGCUUGCAUCGGGAGGCCAUGUCCGCCGCCGACCUGGCGGCGGUCCUGUGCAACCCGGUCUCACCCGCGUUGUGGGCACCGUCCAAAUUUGCACUCGCUUCAACCCCGCAAAACCAGUCGGGGCAAAAGUCCGACUAGGAAUCUAACCUUAUGGGCAGCUUGCGCAACACCUUGCCAGCAUGUCAAAUCCGUAGUCCGAA